AUGUAUAUAAAUAAGAUACCAACGUCGACUAACUUAUUGAAAAACCUCCAGUGUCCAGAUAAAGAUGAAAGUGAAAUUAAACGUAAAGUGUUUGGAUUUUUAAAAAAGUUUAUACGAGAAGCUGAUCAAAUGUUAUGCACAAAGUUCCUUCGUUUUGUUACUGGGUCAGAUAUUAUCACUGAUCAGAUUAAUAUUAAUUUCACUUCUGCAAAAGAUAAUUAUUCUAGAUCUCCAGUGGCACAUACAUGUACAAACACUUUAGAUUUACCAAUGUCUUAUGACAAGUUUAUUGAUUUGAGAAGCGAGAUAAAUUCAAUUUUAGCGUCAAAUAUUUGGGUUAUGGACAUAGCAUAG